UCCUCUCUUCCUGGACACUUCAGGGAUUUGGUGGCAGGACCCUCCAUCCCUGGCAGCGCUGGAGGCGUCCUGGGAUGUGACAGAGAUGGCAGCUCUGCAGAAGGCUGCGGGUGAAGACUCGGACCUGAGCCGCCUCGAGGGGGACAGCGCGGAGGAGCUGGCUGUGCCGGACCCGGAGCUGGAGGCCAUCAAAGCCAGAGUGCGGGAGAUGGAGAGGGAGGAUGAGAGGCUGAAGGAGUUGCAGCUGGAAGCUGAGAGCCGUCUCAUCAUGAGCUCGGAGGCGGGUCUCUUCCCAAAGACAACCAAGGAGAAGAUGGAGGUUGACCAGCGAUCCAUCUAUGUGGGCAAUGUGGACUACGGGGGCACGGCGGAAGAGCUGGAGUCUCACUUCAACAGCUGUGGGCAGAUCAACCGAGUGACCAUCCUCUGCGACAAGUUCUCGGGGCAUCCCAAAGGGUAUGCCUACAUUGAGUUUGAAGAGAAGAGCUCCGUGAAGGCUGCGGUGGAGCUGGACGAGAGUGUGUUCAGAGGCCGUGUCAUUAAGGUGCUGCCCAAGAGGACCAACAUGCCGGGCAUCAGCACCACCGACCGCGGGGGCUACCGGGGCCGCUUCCAAGCCCGGGGAGGGCUGGCCCAGCAGGGAGGGUACUACGGAGGGCAGCCCCCGAGGGUGCGAGGGAGGACGUACAGGGGUCGGGCAAGGCUGCUGCCGUGGUAUUUUCCAUACUAG